UUGACAUUUUUAGCACGCAUGAUCAGGAGGAAAGUCUUAGUGUUCAUGAAGUUACGAAAAAACAUCAUCAAGCACGGAAGGUUUUGUACAGCGUGAAUGGCCAACACAGAUGUUGGCAACUUUGCGAUCAGUAGAUGACAAACUGAUCAAGGGCGAAUGGGAAAUUCCACUGAUAGUCAAUGGCUAGCAACCUAACACCCAUUGCAGUAUGCUCAUCGGUGCAAGUUCGGAGGUUCCAGAGUGGUUGUUCUUUUAACAUCGUGAUCCUCCUGAGUGAUCCAUUUCGAAUCAAUUACGUACUAUUCAGAUUAAUUUCACCCGCUAUGCAAUAUAUAACGAACAACUUGCACCACAAGCUAAGUAGGCUCCCCGUCCGCUGCUCAACAACUCCAUCUAAACAACGUGCUGCGCCUUGCAGAAACCAAGAACCGGAGGACAAGAACUUCUUCCGACUACAAGAAGAAGAUGAGCAGUCGUCAUAA